CCCCAAUUUUACACUACUGCUCGUGCAUUACCCGACCGUGAUUAGGGUUUCUCUUUCUCUCUCGGCUAAGGCGUUCAUUACGUUCUGAAGCUUUCGAAUUCACUUCCUUUUUUUUUUGUCUUUGUCGCAGCUUUAAGGCACCUGUACCGAAGCUUUACACUAUGUACGGAUCAAGAGGUUAAAUUUCUGCUGUGGUUAUCGGUGAAAAGAACGCGAUUUUGUAUCUCUUGUGGGGGGAAUUCUCCCUUUGACUUUCAUUCGUUUUUUUUUUAAUUGCUAGAUUUAUUAUGUUCCAUUGUUGGUUACAGAAUUGUUUAAUUGAUCUUGGGAUCGAUACUUGGGAAAUUUUUGAAUUUUCUGUGAUUUUUUUUUUAAAAAUUUCAAAUUAGCUGACUUGUUUAAUUGAAUAGCAGAAAUCGCAGUUUUCCUUGGAGAAAUUUGAUUUUUAGACCCUGGAGAUGGAGAUUUGAUUGUGUAAUUUGUGUUGUUAUUAGAUUAGAUGAACUUAGAUGUUGAUUCCAUAAAGGUGAGGAAAGGGUCACAAGUACUAUAUAUAUAUAUAUAUAUUUUUUUUUUUGGGUGUUUUCUUUUUGUUGUUGAAAAUAAGUUUACUAUAACAUUUAUGCAUGAAAAGAUUCUUCUUUUUAAAUGCUUAUUGAUCUGAACAUGAUUCAACAAUGGUUUUCAAUUCACAUAUGUGGGUUCAAAAAGUUUUUAAGGUGUCUAUUUAAAUUCUAUAGGGGUUCUAUCUGUAACUAUUAUGUCAUCUAAAGCCUAAUCUGGGGCUAACAAUGUGGUUUUAGUACACAUGGCCAUGAUAGAGUUCUAUUUUUGAAAUGCUGCUGGAUCAUGGAUGAUAUUAAUUUAAAGAAAAAUGGAAUUUCAGAUGGUUUUGUUGAAGUGUGUAUUAUGAUUCCCUUCAUUACAUGGUAUUUUGCUUAUUUUGCAUGCAAUUAUUGUCAUCAAUAGAGGGUCUGGAUGCAUCAUGAUAUGAUCAGGUAUCAGUGAUUCAGUGUGCAAAUAAAGCAUUAUGAUUUGUAAAUGAUUCUUGUUCUCAUUGCUCUUUUUAUUUAUUUAUGUUUUUAUUGGUGGUUUUACUUGCAUCGAACUUUUAUGUUUUUGAGAUAUAGAAGUUAGAGACUAGGUUUUAGGAAUCAUAUGGGUUGGGUUUGGUUUUAUUAACAAGGUUGAGUGGGGGAUUUUGUCCUUUUGUGUAUGAAUAAUUGAAGGGCCAUGUUGGGGAGCGGGGGGGUUUCGGACGGGUACGAGAUCGGCUCAAAGAGACCAAGAAUGAUGGAAUCAAAUCCCUACUUUGCAGUGAGCAGCGGUUCAAGUGGUUAUCGUCAAGCUUACAGCUAUGGAAGUGGAUAUCCGCCUUCAGCAUUUCCUGUGGUUCGUCUGAGGGGCCUUCCUUUCAAUUGUGCAGAAUUUGACAUUUACAAGUUCUUCGCUGGCCUUGACAUUGUCGAUGUCUUCCUGGUCAACAAGAAUGGACGGUUUUCUGGGGAGGCUUUUGUUGUCUUUGCUGGACACAUGCAAGCUGAGCAUGCCCUUCAGAGAGAUCGUCAGAACAUGGGGAGGAGGUAUGUUGAAGUUUUCAGGUGCAAGAAACAGGAUUACUAUCAAGCUAUAUCUGCUGAGGUGAAGGACACAGGUGUUGAAAAUGAUUACCACGGUUCUUCCCCUCCACAUCGACCUAAGAGGACCCAGAACAAGGAUCAGAUGGAGUAUACUGAGAUAUUGAAGUUGCGUGGGCUUCCAUUCUCUGUAAAGAAAGCAGAUAUUAUCAAGUUUUUCGGUGGGGAUUUCAAUUUGACAGACAACAAAGUUCACAUUGCAUACCGACCUGAUGGGAAGGCUACUGGAGAGGCAUAUGUAGAAUUUCCCUCAUCUGAGGAGGCCAAGAAUGCCAUGUGCAAGGACAAUAUGAUGAUCGGAUCAAGAUACAUCGAGCUAUUUCCUUCAAGUCAGGAUGAAUCAAGGAGAGCCGAGUCUAGGUCAAGACAGUAAUGCCGAGGUCUCUCAAAUGGAGUAAUAUGAAAUCUUUUUAUUGCUCAAAAGCCAUUUAGUGCUUUCUUUUUGGGGCUGACCUUUCAGCAUUUGUUAAAAAUUUACCAUUCCCAUGUUUGGUGGAUUUUAUUACUGUAUUUCCUAAAGACAAGUGUAGUAUUUUUAUAGAAAAUUCAGUAAACUCCUGGAUAUGUAGGUUUGGUUAACUUGCUGCAGCUUUGCUGUUUUUCUCCAGUUUAAUUUUUAUCCACUGGCAUCCUUUCUUCCCUGUCAA